AUGAACAGCUCCAAAAAGCGCAAAUACAGCCAGGAUCAGGAAACAUACAAUGCCAUUGACAAGUUCCAGAAUGACCUGGAUCACUUGUUCUACGAGUGGAAUGCCAUCCACAUUGUGCUCGAAUCUAUCAGAAACGCAUUCACAGUCAAUCAAGACUCGUCGUCUGAAGAGUAUUUGGAUCAGGUUGAUAAGGAAUUGGGCAUUGCGUACGAUGAUCUAAUGGCUCAAGUUAGACAUUUGGAUCGAAGAUUGAACAAGAUGACAUUGGAGGUACAUCAAAAGCUACUUCAACAACCGCCACAGCAGCCUCCUCCAACGCCUACUCCAUCAAUCAAUCACAAGUAA